AAGAUGUUUCUGGGGGAAAUAACCCGUCCGCUGGCGUGUCACUAAGCAGCUGUAGUGUAUAAAAGCUAGGAAGCUAACUAGCAUCUUAACCUGGUUUGUCAGUCAGAUUAGCGUUAGCUGCCUAGCUGUGUUGCUCAGAUUUGACAUAUUCACUCCGCAUCUCUGUACUAGCGGAUCCGGUAUUAUUUCUGAAAAUGAUCAUAUUAUCUUCCAUUGAACAACUGUGCUCUUGCUCUAGUUAGUGUGAUGUCCAGCUCCCCUCAGGUGUUAGCGCUUUUAAAUCGUUUUUAGCCGCACGGCUAACGUGUUUUCUGUGUUGUUGUUUGUUCCCAUUACAUGGCUAACACUCACUCACUUACUCUCACACUCUCUCUCUCUCUCUCUCUCUCUCUCUCUCUCUCUCUCUCUCAGCUCGAGUUGAAGUGAAAACACGAGCCAGCUUUUUUCACCUCGCUAACUGUUCAGCUAAAGCCAGGUUCGCUGUGUGAGGCGUUUAUUUAUGCAGUAAAGUGGUCUGUUAUGGAAAGUGCAUUAAGAGCCUUAGCGAGGCUUUUCGUUUUUGUCACCGAAGGCUAUUAAUAUGAAUAGGUUUCUCUCACCUAGUUAAUGAGGCGACUCUCGGACUGAGACUGGUUUAAAUGACAAUAGUUGUGAACACGUUAAAGUUGGUCGGACAUGAUUGAUUCACCACGUGUGUGUGGAAUUAUUUGAUUGUUUCUGACUGUGUGGAAGAGCAGCUGCAGGGAGAUGUACACUCGGACCCAGCGCCUGGAGACUCUGUUUCCAGCUGAAUAAAGAUAUUACAUGCUCUUUGGUUUGUUGUUUAGGUCCCCGGUGAUUUAACGCAGAUGUUCUUCCCUGCUAAGUAAAGGAAAUUAGGCAGGGUCCGUCAUUUAAUUCAGGAUGAAACUAACCCCCCACUCACUGCAGACUGAAGAGGGAAGCCAUCUUUAUUGACCAGAUCCCCGUUUGGUUUAACACGGACUCUCUGGAGUGCCAGUGAUCGAGCUCAUCUAACUGUAUUGUACGUGUGUUAGGAAGUCAAAUCGUAUCUCUGUUUAAUAGAAGAUUUUUUUUUCUUCAUCUGGAGGUGCUGUGAGUUUUAGUUAACAUGCUGCAGGGGCUACAGGUGCAGCUGUGUGGAGCUUUUCUCGUCCUGGCCUCUGUAUGCAGUGCAGGCAGCAGCCCAGGGCCUUUCAGCAGCUGCUGGGUAGAUUUACACUGAGUUUAUCAUCACAAAGGCUUUAUCUGUGGUGUUUUUCCCUGAUUGAACAUAUUGUGGAUCCCUGAGUGGCACCAAUGGAGAGUAAGGGAGGAUCUCUACCUGCAAUGCCUGAGCCAAAGAACCCCACCAGUAUGAAACAGUUAUCUGAUUCACCGUGUGGAUGUAAGGGACGAGGUGAUGGAAGCACAGAUCCCGCUCUUUUAAUGGAUAAAGCUGCAACUCAGUUAGCAGCCACGCCCCACGAUGGUGUCUUGCAGAAGAUGGGCAACCACAACCACACUCAUGAACAUCUGAAGGAUCUGACAUCUCGUUUCUUCAACGGUGAGCAGGAGACUGUGUCGAAGUUCUGCACGGCCCCCCCUGGAUCGCCCCUCCAUAAAGCAGUAGAGUCUGGACCUCAGCAUGGCAGCCCUCAAAGGAAGUCUGACUCCUCCCCUGAGCUCACACUCAAAAUAACCAAACAUUUACCUAAUGGAAAAUCGCCACCACCGUGCAGGUAUGACGCUAGCUAUGGGGAAGAUAUCACGGAGGAAACAAAUGCAGCUUUAAGUUUAGCAGAAGGUAUGCUGGCUCCUGCAAGUGCCACAAACGAAGGGAGCAAGUCGAGGGGACCAGUGAAAAAAGUGCCACCGAGCAGACGUCACCCCAUCGACCCUGCUGUUAAUGGCUCCGAGAGAUCAACUUUCACACACAUUAUCGUAGAACCAUGUGACAAGCCCAGAGAGUCAUAUGACCCUGCUCCUGACUCCGAUGUCCUGACUUCUGAAUCCAGUGAUGCUAUUGUGCCUUCCUGUGUAACUUCUAAUGGCAUGCCUAUGUUGGAUGCUGAGGAGGAUAAUAGCGUUCAGGGUGUGAAUGAUGUUAAGACAUUAAUAACAGAAAAGCAACCUCAUGUGCAGUUUUCCGUGGGAGAUAUUGUCUGGGCUAAAGUGUCUGGAUACCCAUGGUGGCCAUGCAUGAUCACUACAGACCCAGAGUUCAACCUUCACUUCAGGCAGAAAGCAAACAACUGCAGGGGAUUAUUGUACCAUAUACAGUAUUUUAGCGACACGCCAGAGAGAGGAUAUAUUGCUGGGAAGAACUUGGUCGUAUUCUCUGAGAAAGAACAAUACCAGACACUGUGCUGUGGAAAGAAAAAAUCCACUGAUGGCAAGAAGCUGAUGAUUCCACGUAAGGUGCGGAUACCAUGGGAUACAGGCAUCUCCCAGGCAACAGAGGCAGUAGCUUUACCUGUAGAGGAGCGCCUGGCCAAGUUCAGCUUCACAUACGAGGGCAGCCAGCCGCGGUUCAACUCUCGCAUGCUGCAAGAACUCCAGUGCAAGCAGGAACAGCAACAGCAGAGUCAUGAAGAAUUUCCAGAUACACCUAGCCUCACUCCACCAGACUCCACUCAGUCCAGCCCCAUCACUGUACAGUUACUGAGUAACCAUUUUACUCCCCUCCUUCCCACCAACAGCAGCACUUCAGCAAGGAAAACACCCCUUGCUACUAAAGCACCUAAAGCCCCAGCCAGCAGGGGGCAAUGGAUCCAGAAGGAGCAGAAUGUCCUUUUCAAAAGGAGAAAGAAAGUCAAUCCUGUCGUAGUUCUCCCUAAUAUUGACUCUGUUGUACAGGAUAUGCCCAUUGCUGCAGAUAAACUUGAGCCUAAUAAGAUGAAAAUGAAUAAAUCUGGGAUAUUCACAAAAGCGUCAUCACUGAAACAGGAUGUCCUAUUUGCUGAAAUUGACCCUCAGUUGAAAGCGUCCCAGAAGAAACAAGGAAAACUCAAACAGAAGUUUCCAGCUGCACCAAACUCCCUGAAAAGGAAGAAAAUUAAGGCAUCUGCUGUUAUUGCUGAAAGACUGAAUGCUGAAUUACUGAAGCCAGUGGUUUUGGAUGCUGAAGUCUGCAAGAUUAAGAGAAAACUAAAAAAGGACAAGGCAGAUGCUGUCUUGAAAGUUAUGAAGGCCUCGAAGCGUGCAUUUGAAGAGAUUAAUGUGGAGGAUGUACCUCAACCCAGGAAAAAAGCCAAGCUCGGGGACGGUUUAAAAUGGCACGAGACGCUAAAGGCACAGAAACCUGAACCUCAAGUCAGUAUACAAAGGCAAAAGAGGCAAAAAUCUGCCAUCACCCAGAAAAGAAAGAGACCUAAAACAGCAAUGUCAGUGGAGGAGCCUCAAAACAAGGCCAGGUGGGGUAGGAAGAAAAAGCAGGACCCUAGCAACCUGUCGCUACCGGUUUCAUCCAAGAAGCACGGCCCAUCAUCCCAGGUAACUUCAUAUCAAGAGAGACCCGAUUCUCCUACUGAUGAAGCCCAUGCUACCAGGAAGGCAGAUCGCAGUAUCAAUAAUAAAAAAGAGAGUUUGUGUCAGGUUUGUGAAAAGACAAGCGAGGACCUGGUGACAUGUGAAGGACAAUGCUAUGGUUCAUACCACCUCCAGUGUAUGGAUUUGGACCAAUCAUCAGACAAGGUGCUCUGCACUGCCUGCCGUACAGGAGUGCAUACAUGUUUCACCUGUAAGAAGUCUGAAGGAGAGGUGAAGCGCUGUAGUGUCUUACACUGUGGACGAUUCUAUCACGAGGCAUGCUUGCGGUUAAGUGCUUUGACUGUUUUUGAUAACCGCGGAUUCCGAUGCCCCCUACACACUUGCCUCAGCUGUCACUGCAGCGGCCGUGGCACAGCAAAAGCUACCAAAGGGAAGGUGAUUCGCUGUCUGCGCUGCCCAGUAGCAUACCACACUGGAGACCUGUGCAUAGCUGCAGGAAGUGAGAUGCUGACCUCUACUACUAUGUUAUGUACCAACCACUUCAACCCUAAGAAAGGCUACAGGCAUCGUACACAUGUCAAUGUCAGCUGGUGUUUCAUCUGCUCUAAUGGUGGCAGACUCCUGUGUUGUGAAUCAUGUCCAGCUGCCUUUCACCCUGACUGUUUAAAUAUCACCAUGCCUGAUGGCAGCUGGUUCUGUUAUGACUGCCGCUCAGGCAAGAAGCCCAAGUACAGAGACAUCAUCUGGGUCAAACUGGGCAGUUACAGAUGGUGGCCAGCAGAAAUCCGUCACCCCAGGAACGUCCCUACGAAUAUCCAGCACCUACGUCACGAGAUUGGAGAGUUCCCUGUUUACUUUUUUGGAUCGAAAGAUUACUACUGGACACACCAAGGACGUGUGUUUCCUUAUAUGGAGGGGGACAGGGUGAGCAAACACCAGAAGACUACCAUUGGGAAGGUCUUUAAGAAUGCUGUGGUGGAGGCUGAGGCUCGGUUUAAGCAGAUCAAAAUGGAGAGAGAAGCUAAAGAGGCCCAGGAGAACAACAGGAAACCCCCUCCAUACAAAUAUAUCAAGGUCAACAAACCAGUCGGGCGCGUGCAGAUUUACACGGCCGACAUCUCCGAGAUCCCCAAGUGCAACUGUAAGCCAAGCGAUGAGCGGCCGUGCAGCUUUGAGUCGGAGUGCUUGAAUCGCAUGCUGCUAUACGAGUGUCACCCUCAGGUGUGUCCGGCUGGAGACCGCUGCAUGAACCAGGACUUCACCAAGCGCCUCUACCCUGAGACCAAGAUCAUUCGCACAGCUGGCAAGGGCUGGGGUCUCGUUUCUCUCCGAGACAUCAAGAAGGGGGAGUUUGUGAAUGAGUAUGUGGGGGAGCUAAUCGAUGAGGAAGAGUGCAGAGCGAGGAUCAAAUACGCCCAGGAAAAUGACAUCACACAUUUCUACAUGCUCACCAUUGACAAGGACCGGAUCAUUGAUGCAGGCCCUAAAGGGAACUACUCCCGCUUCAUGAACCAUAGCUGCCAGCCCAACUGUGAGACUCAGAAGUGGACUGUGAACGGAGACACACGUGUGGGACUGUUUGCUGUGUGCGACAUUCCAGCAGGCACCGAAUUGACUUUUAACUAUAAUCUGGACUGUCUUGGGAAUGAGAAGACUGUUUGUCGCUGUGGUGCACCCAACUGCAGUGGCUUCCUCGGAGAUCGACCCAAGAUCACCCCCACGUCGGAGCCCAAAGCCAAGUUACAGAAGAAGAAACCGAGGCGGAAGCGUGCUCGAAGUGAAGGGAAGAAGCAAUCUGAGGACGAGUGUUUCCGUUGUGGCGAUGGAGGACAGCUGGUUUUGUGUGACCGCAAGGGCUGCACUAAAGCUUACCACCUGUCUUGCCUGGAUCGCACUAAGAGACCAUUCGGUCGUUGGGAUUGCCCCUGGCACCACUGUGAUGUAUGUGGCAAACCAUCUGAUGCUUUCUGCCAGCUGUGUCCCAACUCCUUCUGUAAGAUCCAUGAGGAGGGCACGCUGAGACCCCACCCCAGCAGCAGUCAGCUGUGCUGCCAAGAGCACGACGACUCGGACCUGCAGUCUACAGCAGCGGCCACCAAGAAGUCUGAUCUUGCCACUAAACCUGCCAAACGCGGCCGCAAACCCGGAGCCCGGGGCAGCACCGACUCUACAGCCAAGAAGCGCUCCAGGAAACAUUGUAACAAGCAGCAGAAGGGUCGAGCUGGCGAAAGUGUUCCUCCUCUCUCACCCCUUCCCUCCACGCCCUCCCCAUGAUUCAGUGGUAUUGAUAUGAACAUGACUGAUCUCCCAAACUGAAAGCACUGUGUCUGAUCAGGGAAGAGUAUCUGAACACUGUAGAGCUCAAUGAAGCUACCAUCAGGUUCCUACACCCCCGCCUCCCCUCUCCCCCCCUCACUCAACCUCUCGCUCAGAACCGGGUGUGGGAGCCACCACACCGAACAGCCUCGUUACUACACAGCAUUAUGGAGGCCAAACUUGAAAUUUUUUUUUUUUUUUUUUUACACCAGUUUUUAAUCGUUCAGAUAGAUUUGUUUAAUUUUUUUAACAGUAGAUAUGUAUAUGAAAAUGUAUAUGAAAGACCAAAAUUAUAAUAAUACUGGAAUUACAGAUAGUAACAGAUGCCAAUGUGUAGUGUUUUUUUUUUUUUGUUUUGUUUGUUUGUUUUAAACAGUCAGUUGUACCUUUAAAUGUAAGACACUAUGGAUAGCCCUUGAAUUGUUUUUAUAGUUAACAUAGAGUGCAUUUAACUAUAGAGCAGCACAUUUGUUUGUUAGCUCAUUUUUUUGAGUUUAUGUAACAUGCUAGAAUGUUAAGAGUCUCUGCAAAAUCUACCUAUUCAGAGUUUAAAAAAAGGCACAGUAAAUUGAGUGAGUCAGGGCGCUGUUUUUUGUGAGGUUUGGGUGAAAUAAAACUUUUAAAAUAA